CUGGAGAUGAAGCACCUGCCCGGGGCAGACCCUGAGCUCGUGCUCCUCAGCCAUCGCUAUGAAGAGCUGGAGAGAAUCCCCCUGAGUGACAUGACCCGGGAGGAGAUCAACCAGCUGGUGCAGGAGCUGGGCUUCUACCGCAAGGAGAUGCCUGAUGCCCCUGUGCCUGAGGAGUUCCAGUUCGCCCCUGCCAGGCCUCUGCCUACCCUACCACCCCAGCAAGCUCGCACUGCUGAUGGCAAGAUCCCACCUGAACGCUAUGAGGGAGAACACCCAGACCUCUAG